GUUGCGAAGCUCCGCGGUACGAUGCCCAUCGAGGCCGCCAUGAGGUUGGAGUACGACGAGCACGGCUUCAACUCUGGCUUGCGGAGCGUCUUCGACGAAGUGGCGGCUCUCCCUGCGGAGCCCGAGGCCCAGGGCGGCGGCGCUGGCGGCAAGGCGAAGUCUGAGGAUGAGCGCAGGAAGGGGGACUCGUUCCAUCGGUGGCGCGGCGUCAAGUGGCUGUGCAAAGGCGAUGCCCCCGCGAAGCUCAUCGUGAUCAGGAUUGCUUUGAAGCCCCUCGUGCAUAUCAUGUCGCGGUACAUGGAGACGACUGGCCUCCAGCACGACGACGACAUGGAGUACCGCAAGAUCGCAGCGGCGGUUGGCUUAUGCCCCGAGGUCUCCAGCCAGCUGCGCCCGAUGAUCGCCGCGGCGAAGCACGUCUUCGAGAAUGAGUUCCUCUGCGUCUUGACGCUGGUGGGCGGGGAGGGCGUGGUCGAGAUCGAGCAGGACUGCGAGCUCUUGAAGGACGGCUGGAGCAAGACGCUGAUCGAGAAGUACACCAGGACGGAGGAUGGCUCGAAGAGCACAGACCUCGUCGCGGAGAUCCGGCACGCCGCCGUACUCCAGCAGCGCGAGACUUGUAGCAUCGAGUCCAGCCACGCUGCAAUCCGAAGGAGCCUGACUUCGUUGAGCUUUCAGACGCACCCGAUGCACAUCAGGCGAUUGUCUGCCUUGCGGACGUGUCAGCGGUUUCGCGCGCGGCAGCGUCGACUUCGCGACGGGCUUGGGCGCUGGGCGAUGAAGAACACGUCAAAGACCAUUGAGCCCAAGAAGCCUCCAGCAAAGAAGCGCCAUCGAGGUUUCGGUGGCUCUUGGCGGGCCUUCGUUCGACAGCAGUCGCUGGGCGUGCAGGGCUCGCCCGACUUCAGCAAGAUCUCGCAGGCGCGCCGCCAGCUGUCAGCCGAAGAGAAGGCCAAUCUCGAGGAGAUGGGGAAGGCUGCAACCCGAGCAGCGCGCGCUGGCAACAAGACGCCGUUUGGAGGAUGCUCACGCCAGAUGAGGAGAAGGGCAUCGAAGCGUGCCUUGGCACUCCAGGUCAAAGAGCUGUCCGCUCGCAAGCGCGCUGCGCUCGUGGAUUCAACAGGCGCAGUGGAUCAGGACGUAGCAGUGGCCACGUACGACGGCAUCAUCAGCAUCGCAUCGUCGAAGCCCAAGCACCUCUCCGACAUGCAGGAGCUGCGACAGCUUGAGCGCGUGGAGCGGGCGUGGCGUGCUUCCGACAAGGCAGCGAAACACGAGGAGAUUCAGAAGUGGCACUUGAUGACGGGCGGCCCCACGAGGUCAGAGUGCGUGGACAACGAUCCGGCCAUCAGGAUGAGGCUCGACGAGUUCCUCCCCAUCGCCCCCUCGAACCGAGACUACAAGCUCUUCCAGUGGGAGCCUGUGGGCGUCUGCGACCGGGCGAGGGUCGGACUGUCGGCGCAUCGUGCCUACAUCAAGGACGUCUUCGCUGCCCCGACGAAGAUCUGGGACGAGAUGCACGACAUCAUCGAUCACGAGCCGUGCCCCGAGUGGGACGAGAACGACAACGCGGACAUCCCACCUUGCAUGUUCGCGGGCAUGUGCGUCUGCAAGGGCGCAGGGCUCGAGGUCGACACGCUCGUGAACCACUUCAACGGUGCAGUUAAGAAGGUGUACCCAGUCGGUCGCUUGAGGUCGCAGGGCUUGGCCCACGGCCACUCCGUGGUCUAUGUCUUCGCGCAGCGCCAGCCUGCCGAUGACGAGAAGGACAUCGACAUCAACACGAACGGUAUCAUCGAAGGGCUGCCCAUCGUCAACGGCAGGGGGUUCCACAUUGGCCACCAGAGUUUGUCACCCUGGCGGUCUUGCUUCCAAGCCCUAGUCGACGAGAGAGGCCUGCAGCCCACCCUGGAUGCGCGCGACGUUCGUUCGCAGGCAACGCGCGAGUUUGCGACACCUUGGCAAGCGCUCAAGAACUUCGACAGGGAUCUUCGGUGGUCUGUGUGCGUGUACGCCAUAGUCAAGAGGGCCAGCCCGAUCCGAACGUUCUGCCCACGGGAAGUCGACGUCACGUUGUGCGAGGAACUCGAGAAGCCGAACGCCCCGAUUUGCAGGGUCAUCUGGAGGCCGAAGUGGGCGAUGCCGAAGAGGGGGCCAUCCAAGGUUGACAAGAAGGGCGCGGACUUCGAGUCUGGAUGGGGCGACGUGGCUGCAGUCGAGGACCGCGAGUUGCGCGAUGAAGGUGGCGACGAGCCCGACGGCGACGCCAAGGAUGACCAGCCUGAGCUCGCGGGCGCAAUGCCAGAAGGACAUGCCGCCGCACCCCCUGCCGAGGGCGCAAGCGGCGUCGACGAGAGCGACGCGAACCGUGACGACGGCGACGCGUUAAACGUGCAUGGGGAGCCCAUGCUGGACAAGGCGGUCGAUUCGGACGUGGAGAUAGCGGGCGACGUUCCGUCCAGCUCGUCUUCCAAUGCUUCUAGCGACUCCGCUGAUCUCAGCGGCAUCAUUGGGUCUGGCAGGAUCGCAUACAACGCGAAGAAGAACGACCUGAUCGCGGAGUGCAGGGGCAUAGGCCACGUGAAGUGCAGGAAGCACAGGACCUGCGAAGAAGGAGUGAGGCCACAGCAGGGGCGGCCCAUCGGCUACUUGGUUGCGUGGCUGCGGAAGCACAGUGAUUUCGCAAGCCAGCUGACGCACGUGACUUGCAACUGGAUUGGCAAGAGGGAGCGCGAAGAUGCUCGGGCCGCCUUCGAGGCCAUGGGCCCCAUGGCGGUGACGCUGCUGGCUUUCGAGAG